CUCAAUGUGUUUCCCCUACUUGCGAUCCUUGCUUAAGUUCAUGUUCUAUUCCAUAUCCUCCAUCUUGCAAUUUCCGUACUAUGACUACUACAUAUUAUUCCUACUACACCUAUACAAGUUUCCGCACUGCGACUACCACUGCGACUACUACACGCUAUAACUACUAUACCUAUACUGAAUAUGCCAGGAGUGAUAGUGCAUUGAUAGGUACAUCUAUUUCACUCGGAAUUGUUAGUGGGAUAAUUCUUCCGAUAUGUAUCGCUUUUAUCUUUUAUUAUCGGCGUCACGCAUUGGCAACUCAAUCAGAACAAAAUCCAGAGCAAAAUGGAACCAACAAUCAAAAUCCUGGAGUAGCAUAUUUUGUAAGGGAAUAUGGAACUUCUGAA